AUGAAGGCGCUCGUGGAAGCAAGUUCGGCGACUGCUCAGCACAAAAUCAUCGUGCAGGAUCUACCAGCCGUAAUUGAGAGCACGCAACGCAAUGUCAAGUCGCCCAUACAAGCACUGGCCCACGAUUUCUUCCAGCCGCAGCCGCCUGAAAUGCAUGGUGCGAAAGUCUACUUCAUGUGCUCUGUGUUGCACGAUUGGCCAGACGCCGAAGGCCGUACGAUCCUUCGACAUAUCAGAGACGCCAUGACGCCGCGAUACAGCAAGCUCUUGAUCAGGGAGAAUGUGUUGCCUGCACGGGCUGUGAAGGGUGGAGCAUUGGGUGGCUGCCUAGAUCUGGUUAUGAUGACACAUUUUUCUAGCAUGGAGCGCACAGAAGCCCAAUGGCGUUCCCUGUUUGAGUCGGUUUCUUUGCGAUAUGUGCGAUUCUUUCCUUCGCCUGGGGAUGUGUCGGGGAUUAUCGAAGUAGAGGUCUGA